CCCGCGCGCCCCUCGCCCUGCAGCAUGAGCGGCGGCGGCGGCGGCUCCUCGGCACCCGGCCGCUUCGCCGACUACUUCGUCAUCUGCGGGCUGGACACCGAGACCGGGCUGGAGCCGGACGAGCUCUCCGCUUUAUGCCAGUAUAUACAGGCCUCUAAAACCCGAGAUGGUGGCAGCCGUUUCAUUUCAAGUGCAACAGAAGGGGAAAACUUUGAGCAGACUCCGUUAAGACGCACAUUUAAAUCCAAAGUUCUUGCUCGCUAUCCUGAGAAUGUUGAAUGGAAUCCUUUUGACCAGGAUGCAGUGGGAAUGCUGUGUAUGCCUAAAGGGCUUGCUUUCAAGACACAAGCAGAUUGCAGAGAACCUCAGUUCCACUCUUUCAUUAUCACUCGCGAAGAUGGCUCGCGGACAUUUGGAUUUUCUCUCACGUUUUUUGAGGAGGUCACUAGCAAGCAGAUCUGCAGUGCAAUGCAGACCCUGUACCACAUGCACAAUGCUGAGUAUGACAUUCUUCACAGCCCUCCCUCCAAUGACAAGGAGAGCUGCAGCAGCACCGGGGACUGCAAUGGCACCUCUGUCUCAAAGCUGCAGCGGUUUAACUCCUACGACAUCAGCAGAGACACUCUCUAUGUCUCCAAGUGCAUUUGUCUGAUUACUCCAAUGUCUUUCAUGAAAGCUUGUAAGAAAGUUCUGGAACAGCUUCACCAAGCAGUGACUUCGCCUCAGCCACCGCCGCUCCCUUUAGAGAGCUACAUCUACAAUAUUCUCUAUGAGGUUCCUCUUCCUCCAGCAGGAAGGUCAUUGAAGUUUUCAGGUGUUUAUGGACCAAUUAUCUGCCAGAGGCCAAGCACCAAUGAACUACCAUUGUUUGAUUUUCCUGUUAAAGAAGUUUUUGAAUUGCUUGGAGUAGAAAAUGUGGUUCAACUCUUUACCUGUGCCCUUUUGGAGUUUCAGAUACUGCUAUAUUCACAGCAUUAUCAGAGGCUGAUGACAGUGGCAGAGACCAUCACAGCACUAAUGUUUCCAUUUCAGUGGCAGCACGUGUAUGUUCCUAUCCUUCCAGCAUCCCUCCUUCAUUUUCUAGAUGCUCCUGUCCCUUACCUCAUGGGCUUGCACUCUAAUGGACUGGAUGAUAGGUCUAAGCUGGAACUUCCUCAAGAGGCAAACCUGUGCUUUGUGGAUGUAGACAACCAUUUCAUUGAGCUGCCAGAAGAUCUACCCCAGUUUCCAAAUAAACUUGAGUUCAUUCAGGAAAUUUCAGAGAUCCUGAUGGCUUUUGGAAUUCCACCUGAGGGAAACCUGCACUGCAGUGAAAGUGCCUCCAAGAUGAAGAGCCUCAGAGCAUGUGACCUGGUUUCUGAUAAAAGAAAUGGGAACAUAGCAGGAUCACCUCUGAAUUCCUAUGAGCUGCUAAAGGAAAAUGAGACUAUUGCAAGACUCCAAGCACUUGUUAAAAGAACAGGUGUGAGUCUGGAAAAGCUGGAGGUACGAGAAGAGACCAGUAGCAAAAAGGAUCUUAAAAUUCAGUGUGAUGAGGAAGAAUUCAAGAUUUACCAGCUGAACAUUCAGAUUCGGGAAGUUUUUGCCAACCGCUUCACACAAAUGUUUGCAGAUUAUGAAGUGUUUGUCAUUCAGCCCAGCCAGGACAAGGAAUCCUGGUUUACAAACAGAGAACAGAUGCAAAACUUUGAUAAAGCUUCUUUCUUGUCUGACCAGCCUGAACCUUACUUGCCUUUCCUCUCGAGAUUCCUGGAGACCCAAAUGUUUGCUUCCUUCAUUGACAAUAAGAUUAUGUGCCAUGAUGAAGAUGACAAGGACCCUGUUUUGAGAGUUUUUGAUUCCAGGGUGGAUAAAAUCAGGCUGCUGAAUGUCAGGACACCGACUCUGCGCACAUCUAUGUAUCAGAAAUGCACAACCAUUGAUGAGGCUGAGAAAUCUAUUGAAUUAAGGCUGGCAAAAAUAGAUCACACUGCAGUUCACCCACACUUGCUGGACAUGAAAAUUGGACAAGGGAAAUAUGAGCUUGGAUUUUUUCCUAAGCUUCAGUCUGAUGUUUUAUCCACUGGCCCAGCAAGCAACAAGUGGACAAAGAGGAAUGCUCCUGCUCAGUGGAGGCGCAAGGACAGGCAGAAGCAGCACACGGAGCACCUGCGUCUGGACAAUGACCAGAGAGAGAAGUACAUCCAGGAAGCCAGGAACCUGGGCAGCACCAUCCGGCAGCCCAAGCUCUCCAACCUCUCUCCAUCAGUAAUUGCACAAACAAACUGGAAGUUUGUAGAAGGCUUGUUGAAGGAAUGCAGAAAUAAGACUAAGAGAAUGUUGGUUGAGAAAAUGGGUCGAGAAGCUGUGGAGCUUGGUCAUGGUGAAGUGAAUAUCACAGGAGUGGAAGAGAACACCCUGAUAGCCAGUCUGUGUGACCUCUUGGAAAGAAUAUGGAGCCACGGUCUGCAAGUCAAACAGGAUAGAAGCUGUACUGCUUUCGUCUUAGAAGACAGAGCAUCAGUUUACUCUGCCUCAAGCCAGGUUUGGGCCUUUCAGAGCAGCAGACGGCCAACCCUUCAUAAGGGAAAGUCUGCUUUGUGGUCUCAUCUGUUACAUUACUUAGAGAACAGACAAAGAAGAACCACAUCAGGCAGCUUCAGUACCUCAGGAAUACUUCUUGAUUCAGAAAGACGAAAGUCUGAUACAAGUCCAGCCAUGUCACCUCUCAGAAUCUCUCUCAUCCAGGAUAUGAGGCAUAUCCAGAACAUCAGUGAGAUCAAAACAGAUGUUGGCAAGGCCAGAGCCUGGGUUCGCCUCUCUAUGGAGAAGAAGUUGCUCUCCAGGCAUCUGAAGCAGUUGCUUUCAGAUCAUGAACUCACAAAGAAGCUCUACAAGCGUUACGCGUUCCUCCGCUGCGAUGAUGAGAAGGAGCAGUUCCUGUAUCAUCUCCUGUCAUUCAAUGCUGUGGAUUACUUCUGCUUCACCAAUGUUUUCACAACAAUCUUGAUACCAUACCAUAUCUUGAUUGUUCCCAGCAAGAAACUCGGUGGCUCAAUGUUCACAGCCAAUCCUUGGAUCUGUAUUUCGGGGGAGCUGGGUGAAACAGGAGUCCUGCAGAUUCCCAGGAACAUAUUAGAAAUGACUUUUGAGUGCCAGAACCUGGGAAAACUGACCACAGUGCAAAUAGGACAUGAUAAUUCAGGGCUGUAUGCCAAGUGGCUUGUGGAAUAUGUUAUGGUCAGAAAUGAAAUAACAGGGCAUACUUACAAGUUUCCCUGUGGAAGGUGGCUGGGGAAGGGGAUGGAUGAUGGCAGCUUGGAGAGGAUCCUGGUGGGAGAGCUGCUGACUUCCCACACGGAGGCCGACGAGCGGCAGUGCCGGACCCCUCCCCUGCAGCAGUCUCCAAGCAUGAUCAGGAGAUUUGUCACUAUCUCACCAAACAACAAGCCAAAGUUAAAUACUGGUCAGAUACAAGAAGCUAUUGGUGAAGCUGUUAAUGGUAUUGUCAAGCAUUUCCACAAGCCAGAGAAGGAGAGAGGCAGCCUGACCCUGCUGCUGUGUGGAGAAAGUGGACUUGUGUCAGCUCUGGAGCAAGUGUUCCAGCACGGAUUUAAAUCACCGAGACUCUUCAAGAACGUCUUCAUUUGGGACUUUCUAGAAAAAGCACAAACAUACUAUGAGACCCUUGAGCAGAGUGAGAUGGUCCCAGAGGAGAACUGGCAAACGAGGGCCAGGAAUUUCUGUCGCUUUAUCACUGCUAUCAACAACACCCCCAGGAACAUUGGGAAGGAUGGCAAGUUUCAGAUGCUGGUGUGUCUUGGAGCCAGAGACCACCUUUUGCACCACUGGAUCGCCCUGCUUGCAGACUGCCCCAUUACAGCCCAGAUGUAUGAGGACAUGGCCCUGAUUAAGGAUCACACGCUGGUGAAUUCUUUGAUUCGGGUGCUGCAGACCCUGCAGGAGUUCAACAUCACCCUGGAGGCAUCUCUGGUCAAAGGAAUCGACAUCUGACCUCCUGUCCCACAGGAAAAACUGUCUUUACACACACAACAAAAAGCAACAAGGAGUGAAUCUCGUUAGUAUGCAAAAGUUCUGUCUUGCCAGUACAUUGUAUCGUGAACUUGUUCAUGGCCCAGAAAUGCAACUCUGACUUUUCUUGAAGGAAACUCCAGAAAUAGUACAGGCAAAUGGAUAGAAGCUGUAAACUCAAUGUAAAAAAGAGGAUUUUGGUAUAAAUCUAUUUUAGAGUUUAUUUGCUGAUUUGCUUUUUACACACUUUCAUGUGAAAGAGAUAGAGAUGAGUAUUGUGCAGCUUAUUUUAAAGCUGCAGUAUUUCCUUGCCAUAGAAAACGUGCAGUGAGCCUUUCAGCAUUCUGUGAACUUGCCUUCAGAUAUGCUGUAUGUCAUAGACCCCAGUGUAUACACUCCAUUUCUGCUGAGAAGGUCAUUCUAUAGUUUUUAAACUAAUAUUUUAUAUAUUAACAUUAUUACCAAUGUUUGAUUUUUAAGGUGUUGGGUCAUGUUCUGCUGCAAGGGAACUACAGAUUUGAUCUGUGCUUUUAAUAGCUCCAAAGCACUGAUUUGUCAACAAUUAUUUUUUUCCUUUAUUUUUGUUGUCAGUAUUAUUUUUAGUGAAAUCCAGGAGACUGAACCGUGAAAUGUCCAGAGAUCAAAGUAAUAUUUUUCAUAUUGGUACGUAAUUGCACAGAAGAAGAAAUUAAGUCUGUUUUUUAACUGAUGUUUUUUAUUUAUUUAACCUAUCAUUGUGUUUUGUAAGUUUGUCUUUAAAAAAAAAUCUUCUAUGAUACAACUGGCUAUAUUAUGUUGCAAUUCAGAAUUUACAGUGUAGCCCACUUAAAUGAGAAACCUGGAAUAAUUGUUCAUAACACAAGAACAUUUCCACUUAAACCAGCCUUUUGAAGCUUGGUAUAUGCUGGCUGCUGGUAAUUCUCUUAACUGCUCAUAAAGAGGGACAUGAGUUCCCCAGAUGCCAGAUGACUAAAUAAAAAUCUUUAUGCCCCAUCUGAAGUAAUAACAGUAUACCUUACUAACAACUAAAAGGAUUUCUUAAUGUUUCUGAAAGGACAGUGGUAUUAAGGUUUUUUCUUUUCCUUUUGAGUGCAUAUGUCUUGGAUCCCAUUCUCACAGUCUGCUUCAUUUGGGAUGCUUUUGUUUUUAGCAAAGAAAGUUUAGGCCAUUUCUGCUAUGAAACACAAACAUUUUGAAAGCCUAAUUUAUUGGAGAUCUGGAACUUGGCAAAUGCCUAAAGGCAUCUCUGUUCAUUUGAAUCCUCUGAUAAAAAUCUCUUUGAAAUGAAUAUGUGACUUAAGAACAGGCUGAUUUAUCAGCAUCACAAAUUACUGUACAGAAGUUCAGGGCUGUGUAUUUAAGAGGUCUCCACUGUAUAAACUUAUCUCAGUAUUGUCUCUCUUUGGAGAAGCAGAAUCCGAGUUUUUUGGUUCAUACAAUGUUGUAGCACUUUUACUUUACCUACAGCUUAGUCACAUCUUGUGAUAGUUUUAUUUCCAUAAUUUAUGAGUAUAGCACAUGUAUUAAAUUUUUGACUAUUUUUAA